AUGGAAAUAUCAAAAAUGAACCUUAAAGAAAAAAGAAAUUUAUGGAAAUAUGUUGAUCAUAAUGAAUAUCAGAAACAUGUAACAAUUUCUACUAUUGGUUCAAAUAUUGAAUCAGCAGAAGAGGUAGAUGAUAAAAUAAUUUAUAUGAAAGAUUUAGAAAAAAGAAAACAAGUAUAUGGAAUAUGUGGAGAAUGUAAUGAACCUGGCACAGGAGAAGUAUGGUGUCAACCUUGUAAUGCUAAAAGAUUUAAGAAUAACUUUAAAAAUUGGACUAGUGGAAAUAAAGAUAUUGAUGAAUUUAUUCAACAAUUACAACUUAAUGCUGUACAUUAUAGAAAUUAUAUUGAAUGGAUACCUUUUGAAAAGUUUAAAGAUAUUACUUAUAUUACCAGAGGUGGAUUUGGUAAAAUUUAUUCAGCUGAAUGGCCUGAAGGAUGUAUUUUUACUUGGGAUAUUGUAAAUCAAAAAUGGAAAAGAUACUAUAACAUAAAAGUUGCAUUAAAAAGCUUGGAUAAUUCAUCUUGUAUAAGCACAGAAUUUUUAAAUGAGAUUAAAACUCAUCUUCAGAUUUAUCUUUGGGACAUUAUUCAAUGUUAUGGAAUAACCCAAGAUCCAAAUACUAAGGAUUAUAUAAUGGUUUUAGCAUAUUGUGAAAAUGGAAAUUUGAGAAAUUACUAUAUGAAUAAUGAAUCAAAUUAUUUUACAAAAAUUGAAGUAUUAAGGCGAAUUGCAAGUGGGCUUUUAGAUAUUCAUAAUUCUGGAAAGGUUCACAAAGACUUUCACUCAGGUAAUAUACUAUACAAUUUUCAUACUCCAUAUAUAAGUGAUUUAGGAAUGUGUCAACCAGCGUAUAAUGAACAAUCAGUAAAAAAGAACGGAAUUUAUGGAGUAUUACCUUAUAUGGCACCAGAAGUUUUACGAGGAUAUCAAUAUACAAAAGCAUCUGAUAUUUAUUCAUUUGGAGUAAUGAUGAAUGAAUAUAUAUCUGAAGAAACACCUUAUAACAAUAUUCCACAUAAUCAUGCUUUAGCCAUUAACAUAUGUAAAGGAUUUAGACCAAUUAUUUUUGAAUAUACACCAAAAUUACUUGCAGAUUUGAUUACUAAGUGUUGGGAUGCUAAAGCAGAAAAUAGACCGACUGCUAAAGAAUUGUAUCAAAAACUUAAGAAAAUUAAAUAUUAUGGUUAUGAUAGUGAUAAUGAAUCUCAAAUAAAUGAGUAUAAUGAUAAAAUCAAAUUAAACCGAACAAGUGAAAAAAGAUCUAACAACAUUAAAACACAUCCACAAGCAAUAUAUACUAGUAGACUUUUAAAUUUCAAAAAUCUUCCGGAACCAGUAAAUUCAGAUUCAGAAUGUUUUGAUUGUCAAUUAGACGAAUCAGAUUUUAAUGAAAUUAAUCAAAACGAAGAAAUUAAUAUUGAAUGA